GCUUCAUAUCAUGAAAUAGAUUGAUUCUACCCCUUGACUUCUACAUUUCAUCAAGUUUCAGGACCAAUCCAACCACUCCACAGUCCAAGAACGUAUCAUCUUCCCUUUCACCAUGUCGACCCCACCCUUCAUCUCCAGCGAGUUAUCUUCGAUACCGCCAGAUGAGACAUAUUUAUCAUCCUCGCCCUCUACCUCGUCUUCACCCUCAGAUUCGGCGUGUUGCAGGAAAAAAAAACUUCAACCAUUUGAUAAAUUACGCGAAACAUUGUAUCUGUGGCGAGAGCAGCGGUUCACGUUUAAAGAAUUCCUCCGCGCCUGGUUACUAUCGGAUAGGCACCAUGGUACCUUAGGGAGGUCUACAAGGGUUGGAAUAUUCCGUGAACUCUUAGAAGAGGAGGAAAUCCGUGAGGUUAUUGGGCAUCCCCCUUCAAGCCGCCAUAAUUGGCAACCUCUCCUCAAAGAACUUGAUGGCUUGGCCGAAUACAAAUACUUUGAUACCUUCGAUCCUGAUACCGCCCACGAAUGGGAUAUCGACCUUAAAGAUGUCCGAAAAGUUAUCAAGACUGGGGCACCGGAAUGGUACCGCUGUUUAGAUCUAGUUCUUCGAAACUGUCGCAGUCAAGAACCAGAUCAAAGGGAGACUCUUUCAAAAGGGACAAUUGGGCAAAUGUACACGAUGACUGCAGUAGCAUGCCGGAGUCGUAAGCGG